GGUUGCCAUGGGGACCUGGAUGCUGACGAAGGCUCGCGAGGCUGUGAGCAGCCACAGUGCCCUGCUCAGAAGCCCCGAGCUCGUCAGUCAAGCCGGUUCUCCAUUUGCACUCAGGAGCACGGGCAGGCGAGUGGCCCCUAGUUCUGGGAGCAGAACAUCAGCAUCCCAGUCCUACCCCAGCCUAAAGCCUCUCCCGCCUGCCCAGUGCCAGGAUGGCUACCAUCACCUGCACCCGAUUCACAGAAGAGUACCAGCUCUUUGAGGAACUGGGAAAGGGAGCCUUCUCUGUGGUGCGCAGGUGUGUGAAGGUGCUGGCUGGCCAGGAGUAUGCUGCCAAGAUCAUCAACACGAAGAAGCUCUCAGCCAGAGAUCACCAGAAGCUGGAGCGUGAGGCCCGCAUCUGCCGCUUGUUGAAGCACCCCAAUAUCGUCCGGCUCCAUGACAGCAUCUCCGAGGAGGGGCACCACUACCUUAUCUUCGAUCUGGUCACUGGUGGGGAGCUGUUUGAAGACAUUGUGGCCCGGGAAUAUUACAGUGAAGCUGAUGCUAGCCACUGUAUCCAGCAGAUCCUGGAAGCUGUGCUACAUUGUCACCAGAUGGGGGUGGUGCAUCGGGACCUGAAGCCUGAGAAUCUGUUGCUGGCCUCGAAGCUCAAGGGGGCUGCUGUGAAGCUGGCAGACUUUGGCCUGGCCAUAGAGGUGGAGGGGGAGCAGCAGGCAUGGUUUGGGUUCGCAGGGACACCUGGAUACCUCUCCCCAGAAGUGCUGCGGAAGGACCCGUACGGGAAGCCUGUGGACCUGUGGGCCUGUGGUGUCAUCCUGUAUAUCUUGCUGGUUGGGUAUCCCCCAUUCUGGGAUGAGGACCAGCACCGCCUAUACCAGCAGAUCAAAGCUGGUGCCUAUGAUUUCCCAUCACCAGAAUGGGACACCGUCACCCCAGAAGCCAAGGACCUGAUCAAUAAGAUGCUGACCAUCAACCCAUCCAAACGCAUCACGGCCGCUGAGGCUCUCAAGCACCCAUGGAUCUCGCACCGCUCCACUGUGGCCUCCUGCAUGCACAGACAGGAGACCGUGGACUGCCUGAAGAAGUUCAAUGCCAGGAGGAAACUGAAGGGAGCCAUCCUCACCACUAUGCUGGCCACCAGGAACUUCUCCGGAGGGAAGAGCGGAGGGAACAAGAAGAACGAUGGUGUGAAGAAAAGAAAGUCCAGUUCCAGCGUUCAGUUAAUGGAAUCUUCUGAGAGCACCAACACCACCAUUGAGGACGAAGACACCAAAGUGCGCAAACAGGAAAUUAUCAAAGUGACAGAGCAGCUGAUCGAAGCCAUAAGCAAUGGAGACUUUGAGUCCUACACGAAGAUGUGCGACCCUGGAAUGACAGCCUUCGAACCGGAGGCCCUGGGGAACCUGGUCGAGGGCCUGGACUUUCAUCGAUUCUAUUUUGAAAACCUGUGGUCCCGGAACAGCAAGCCUGUGCACACCACCAUCCUGAACCCUCACAUCCACCUGAUGGGUGAUGAAUCAGCCUGCAUCGCCUACAUCCGCAUCACUCAGUACCUGGAUGCAGGCGGCAUCCCCCGCACUGCCCAGUCAGAGGAGACCCGUGUCUGGCACCGCAGGGAUGGCAAAUGGCAGAUCGUCCACUUCCACAGAUCUGGGGCGCCCUCCGUCCUGCCCCAUUGAAGGACCAGGCCAGGGUCCCUGCGUUCUUGCUUCGCAGAGAUCCACUCUUUGUCCAUGGAAUGUGGCUGCUAGUUCUCCCUUGGAUUUUGCUGGAAUUCUCCCUGUCAUAUCACCCUACCAUUGCCACCUUUGUACUUGCUUCACGAAAACCUGCUUGUUCACAGAAGUCCUCACAACAUCACAGCGAGUGGCCAGCUCUCCCCAGCUCCAUUGCCCAUGCUCUUCCCACCAGUGGGGACCUUCUUCAGGCUCGGGUACCCAGGGUGCUGGCCCCAGGAACCCCCUACCCACUGUUGUUGGCCUGGCCUAGCUUUGGCUAUAGAUGAGGAUGCCCCAGCUGUGCAUUUGGCAGGAAGUGAGGAAAGAGGCCGGCAAGUUGAGGGCACCCGUUGUCAAUCCUUCUCUUCUGGGGUCCCUGGGGGUCCCUGGGGAAGCACAGAUGAGCACCUCUAUCUCCACCUCCAAGCCAAUUCCUUAUGAGGGAGAGUGAGAGAGGAGCCAACGCCAGGAGCCAGGAACUGCUGCUCUCAUCUGCUCCCCUCUGUGCUGGCCUUGUGUUUGACCAGACCAUCCACCAUGGGGGGGGGGCAAGGUGGGCUCUACCAUCCAGGUGCCCCACUCAUUGCCUCAGCCCUUCUGUGAAGUUUGUCUCCAGUGUUGACCCAUCCAUCCUGCCCUUCAACGUCCUUGGAGAAUUCCAGCCUCAUCCAUCUGAGAGGAGAUCUGAAGGUGUUUCAGGGGCAAAGCAAGCAACAUUUAGGUAUCACUUCUACUUGGACGCAUGCCUUUUUACAGCCCAACUUCCGUGUAUUUCGUAAAUGGAUUCUACGUUAACGGACAUUUAUGUGGUAACUAGACCUCUCAAGUUACUGUAAAGAGUCCGAUGGGUUGGGAAGUGGCUGGGAAGACUGAAGGAGUGAGGGGAAGUUUUUUACCCUGUUCCUUUUUUUUCUUUUUCUUUUGGCGGGGGAGUCCUUUCUGAGGGGGGGGGGUUGCCUUCUGAGGUAGCCUCAUCCCCCAGGGAGCACGGCUUCCUUCCAUUCUGGUCCCCAGGGUCAGCUGACAAGAUUUCUUCCAGAGCCAGCAUGACUAACACUCAGUGAGUCAGGGCAGGGGAGGCCAUCAGGAUGGCAAUAUUUAGACCUGGCAUCUCUGGAAAUGGAGACCUUCCUACCCUCCUUCCCAGGAAAUCUUUCCCCAUAUCUUCAUGCUAUCCCUCCCCAGCCCAGCCCCACUCACCACCUUCUGGGCACAUUAUUCUCAUCACCUCUCUCAACUUGGCCAAACAAGAAUGCCAGAGACCAGAAACUUAUUUUCCUGCUUCACACUGAACUUGGGCUGGUGUGCGCUCUAUUGCGCUUGCCUGUUUACUUGGCCUUCCCCCCCUCCCCCAACAUAUACCACUUCCUCGCUCUGUCCUCUCUCUUUCUCUUUCUCUUCCUCACUCUCCCUCUUCCCGGGUUUGGUUCUGAUAUGGAAUGCUGUGUCUCAUCCACGGGGAUCUCCUGUCUGCACUGUUUUCUUUGCAUGACUUUAUAUGCAGUAAGUAUGUUGAAAAAAAAAAAACAAAAAACAAAAAAGAAGAAAAACACUCAGCAAAAUCAAAUGACACGUUUUGGAAAGAAAAAAAACAUUCGAGGUAAUAUUCUCAGUGUCCAACUUGGAAUUACGUCGCUGCCUCUCCGUGCUUUUGGUCUCUGUGUGGCUGUGGUUUGCCAGCAUGAGACCCUGUCCCCUCUGGAGGUUUCUAGGGGAGGAAGAGCCAUGUGUCCAGGGGUUUGGAGACAGCUUUGUCCUCUCAGCUUUUCUGAGGGUCGAUUGGAGCAGAAGUGGAAGGGAUGUUUAAUCCAGAACUUUCUGGUAUUCCCCUUCCUCCUACGUUGUGAGCUAUAUGCUGGGCUCUUCUCUCAAAUCCUGCUGCCCAGGGACAAGUGCAGGGUAGAAGAGUGGCUCUCUUGUCUAAGCCGCUCCACUGUAGCCUCUGCCCUUGGUAGAGAACUGCUACCCAGGCCCAAGAAUGGGCCCUUGUCCUGCCCCAGAACCAGGCUUCUUCAUAAGGCUCGGCUAACCCAUUGUCCCCAGCCAGAUAAAGGUAAAGGGAGGUGUGGCUUUUACCAGGGGACCCUGCAAUCACCAAGCAAGAUCUAACCCCUUCUUCAAGCCGCAGUUUCUCCAUCAGUGUUCCUGCCCAGACUGAUGGAGGGUCAGAGUAGAUGUUGUCACAAGCGGACACCACCUCUGAGAGCUUGCCAGGCUUGUCACUGACUGGCCUUCUUAUGCACCAGGCCUGGCCAACCCCCACCCUUUCCCCUGUGUGCCCCUUGUCUUCCUAUUUGGUGCCAGUCUGUUGAU